GAUGUCUAUCUGUGCUAAAUUCAUAAGAAUUCAUAAAUUUAUCGGGCCAUAUUUUCUUCCGGCACACUUUAAUGGACAAGCGUACGCAGAGUUUCUUGAAAAUCAAUUGCCGAUUCUUUUGGAGGACAUUCCUCUCCAAGAGUGGGAAACGUUGAUUUUUCAGUACGAUGGAGCUCCCGCACAUUAUUCUCGCAGAGUGCGGGAAAUUCUGGAUACGCAUUUUCCAAAUAGAUGGAUUGGUCGGGAUUGUUCGAUCGUUUGGCCGGCACGAUCACCAGAUUUGAAUGUGCUCGAUUAUUUUGUCUGGGGUUAUAUUAAAGUCGAGCAGACAUGAUGGUACUCAAAAUGAGGUACGUAAUGAAAUUAUUAGCGACUUUUCACAUUAUCACUCCGGAUAUGAUGCAUCUUGCAACACGACAAAUUUCUCGAAGAAUCGAACUUUGCUUGGAAAUGCAAGAAAGAUAGUUUGAGCAGUUAUUUCAUUAGAAAUGUAACAAAAGUGAAUUAUACUACUGGGGAAACUAUUUAAAAAAAAAAUGCGCCAAGCUAUCUAUCACAAGGUUAUGUAGAAAUGAUAAUGCUUUUUUUCUCUGUAAAAAAAUUCG